AAGUUGUUUUUUGAUUUUGAAUAGUUUUGAACUACUAACUAAUUAAAUAAAAGACUUCUCGCUAAAAUUUCUUCUUAAUAUAUUAUAUUCUGAAUUUCUGAUCAUGUAUAAGGUUAAAAGACAUUGGACAGAUAUUGGUUUUGCUUAUUCUAUUAGGAUUAUUGAAGGGUAUAAUAGACUUUCAUACAACGUCCUUUGCUACUAUAAAUACUCUUCUACUACAAUGGGUAUAUUUGCCUUUACUGAUAAGUUCUUCUGUUUUAGACCAAAGUCGUCAAGACAAUGGAACUCAAUUGUGUUCAGUUUCUUCAAAACAAGACGAUUCUUGUCACCGGCGCUACUGGUUUCCUUGCCAAGGUUUUUGUGGAGAAAAUUCUGAGAGUACAACCAAAUGUGAAGAAGCUGUACCUUUUGGUGAGAGCAUCUGACAAUGAAGCUGCGACUAAACGGUUACACAUGGAGGUAUUUGAGAAAGAUCUUUUUAAGGUGUUGAGAGAGAAUCUUGGCGAUGAGAAAUUAAAUACAUUGUUGUACGAAAAAGUUGUUUCGGUCCCAGGUGAUAUAGCGACUGAUCAGUUAGGCAUUAAUGACUCUGAUCUUAAAGAACGUAUGCGAAAAGAAAUAGAUAUUGUUGUCAAUGUUGCUGCCACAACAAACUUUGACGAAAGAUAUGAUGUUGGGCUUGGGAUCAACACAUUUGGAGCUCUCAACGUCCUUAACUUUGCCAAAAAAUGUGUUAAAGUUGAACUGCUUCUCCAUGUCUCAACUGCUUAUGUUUGCGGAGAAAAGCCAGGUCUCAUACCUGAAAAACCAUUCAUCAUGGAAGAUAUUCGUAACGAUAAUGGUCUUCAAUUGGAUAUAAAUCUUGAAAGGGAGCUUAUGAAGCAAAGACUGAAAGAACUUAAUGAACAAGAUUGUUCCGAAGAAGACAUUACUCUCUCCAUGAAAGAACUCGGAAUGGAAAGGGCAAAGCGUCAUGGAUGGCCAAACACAUAUGUUUUCACCAAAUCAAUGGGAGAAAUGCUUCUUGGUAACCACAAAGAAAAUCUUCCCCUCGUUAUCAUCCGUCCCACGAUGAUCACUAGCACUCUUUCGGAACCUUUUCCUGGUUGGAUCGAAGGCUUAAAAACUGUCGACAGCGUGAUUAUUGCAUACGGAAAGGGAGUGCUCAAGUGUUUUCUUGUCGAUGUAAACUCGGUCUGCGAUAUGAUACCAGUGGAUAUGGUAGCAAACGCAAUGAUCACGGCUGCAGCCAAACACGCUGGAGGUUCAGGGGUUCACAUGGUGUAUCAUGUCGGCUCCUCUCAUCAGAACCCAGUGACAUUUGGAGAGAUUCAUGAGAUUGCGGCUCGUUACUUCAUAAAAAACCCUUUGCGCAGUCGCAAUGGCUCGCUCAUAACCGUCUCGAAACUGAGGUUCAUAUCAACCAUGGCUUUGUUCAGUCUCUACAUGACCUUACGUUACAAACUACCUCUCCAGUUGUUAAAAUUGAUUGAUAUAAUAUAUCCUUGGAGAAACGGAGACAAAUAUGGAGACAAGAACCGCAAAAUUGAGGUGGUGAUGAGAUUGGUAGAGCUUUAUGAGCCGUAUGUACUUUUCAAGGGAAUAUUCGACGAUAGAAAUACAAAGAGUUUAUGCGCAAACCAGAAGGAAGAGGAGAGCAAAAAUACAGAAAAAAUGAUGUUUAAUUUCGACCCAAAAGGCAUUAAUUGGGGGGAUUAUCUCACAAAUAUACAUUUUUCUGGUCUCAUCACCCACGUACUUAAAAAGUAAAAUUUUAUUAAAUUCCGCAUGUAUCACUAAUAAAACAGCUCAUGAUAGAAAAGUAUUAUUUGUUUGUACGGUAAAUUAUUUAUAGUUAAACAUAUUCCUUGUUUUUAAAUAAUGGUCUCUCAAUUCCAAUAAACCAUCAAUAUUAUUAA